AUAGAAAACGCUCUGCAACUGCGCAGGAUGUGUGACAAACCCCCAUUGGACUAACCAUAUGUGCUGUAUCGGCGAACAACGAGGCUGAACAUUGUGGAUAAAAAUAAAAACAAGGAGAAUGGGGAAGAAACAGAAAAAGUCAGGCGAUGACAGUGCCAAAGACGAUGGCAUCGACCUUGACGCCCUAGCAGCAGAAAUCGAAGGAGCGGGAGCCUCCAAGGAGCAAGGUAAAGGAAAGGCCAAGAAGAAGAAAGACAAAAAGAAAGACGAUUUUGAUGAAGACGACAUCCUGAAGGAGCUGGAGGAACUCUCUCUUGAAACCACAGGAGCUAAAGGCAGCAAGAAACCAGACGCCACAGACGAGCCGGAGAGCGCCGCCGAGCCCCCGCCGCCCACCAAAGCGGAGAAGAAGAAGACGCGGAAGGGCAAGCGAGCCAGCCUGGAGGAUGACGACGGGGAUGACGAAGAGGUUUCGGGUACGGGUGACGUGGAAAACGGAGACAAGCAGAAGGACAAGAAGACGUCUGCUGCCCCCGCUGCUGCUGCUGCUGCUGGCUCAGACUCGGAGGACGACGCCUCACGGACCCGGAGGAAACCCAAGGCAGGGAAGAAGGGAGGUCGCAAGGAGGCCUCGGACGAGGAAGAGGAGGAUGACGAUGGAGGUGCGAGGAAAGGUGAGGGGGGAGGGGAGGAUGAUUCAGAUGAUGACGACUCGGUGGACGCGUCGCAGGCCGGAAAGAAAGGCAAGAAGAAGAAGGGCAAAGCCAAGGCAGACAGUGAAGAAGAGGAAGAGGAGGAGGGAACCUUCAAGAUGAAGACGGCAGCUCAGAAGAAGGCAGAGAAGAAGGAGAGAGACCGCAAGAAGAAAGAGGAGGACAGGGCUAAGCUGAAGAAGCAGAAGGAGAAGGAGGAGGAGAAAGAGGGGAGUAUUGAGGUUGCAGCAGUGCCUAAGAAAGAGAAAGAGGUAGUGAAGAAGAGUGAGCAAGCGGCGGCCCCAGCAGUGGCCCCAACCCCAGCAGUGGCCCCAACCCCAGCAGUGGCCCCAACCCCAGCAGCGGCCCCAACCCCAGCAGCGGCCCCAACCCCAGCAGCGGCCCCAACCCCAGCAGCAGAGACGGAGGCAGCAGCAGAGACGGAGGCAGCAGCAGAGAUUGAAGAUCAGGAAGGGGCUGAUCCUCAAGGAGAGGAAGAGGAAGGGGGAGACAAGAAGGGCAAGAAAGACAAGAAGAAGAAGAAGGGGGACAAGGAGAAGGAGAAAGAAGAGAAGAAGAAGGGUCCCAGCAAGGCCACGGUAAAGGCCAUGCAGGAGGCUCUGGCUCGCAUGAAGGAGGAAGAGGAGCGCGCCAAGAAGGAGGAAGAGGAGAACCUGCGUCGCCUGGAAGAGCAGGAGGCUCAGAGACUGGAGCAGGAGCGUCUGGAACAGGAGCGCAAGGAGAAGAAGAAACAGAAGGAGAAAGAGAGGAAGGAGAGGCUGAAGAAGGAGGGCAAACUGCUGACCAAAGCCCAGAAAGAGGCCCGGGCCAGGGCUGAGGCCACACUUGAACUCCUGAAGGCCCAGGGUAUUGAAGUGCCAUCCAAAGACGACUCAGUGCCAAAGAAGAAGCCAGUGUACGGAGACAAGAGGAAAAAGAAGCCCCAACAAGCACAGACCCCUGAAGAGAUCUCAGAGGUCAUGUCUCCCACGUCGGAGACAGCAGAGCCAAUCAUCUCACCGAUGGAGGUGGAAACUCCCAAAGUAGCAGCAGAGGUAGAGCAGAAAGCUGAGUCUGCAGUUGAUGACUGGGAGGCUAUCGCUGAGACCAUCGAUCGGGACAAAGAGCUGAAGACGGUCCACAUUGAGGUGAAGCCAGAGACACCAAAGCAGCCCCAACAGAAACCCUCGUCACAGCCGGAGGAAGAGGAGGACGACGACGAGGAAGAGGACGAGGAAGAGGAUGACGAAGAGGAGGAGAGUGAGGAGGAGGAGGAGAAGGAGAGUCAGCCUCACACACCGCAGCAGGCCCCAGCCACUAAGAGGAAGGGAGGGAAGGAGAGCUCAGAGUCCAGUAGUGACAGCGACUCAGAUGACGACCGCACUAAAGAGGAGCGGAUCUACGACAAGGCCAAGAAGCGUAUUGAGAAACGGCGAGCAGAGAACAUAAAGAACAUAAACCUGGACAAGCUCCGCUCCCCCGUCGUCUGUGUACUGGGCCACGUAGACACAGGCAAGACCAAGAUCCUGGACAAGCUGAGGCAUACACACGUACAGGACGGAGAGGCAGGAGGGAUCACCCAGCAGAUCGGAGCCACUAACGUACCGCUGGAGGCCAUCGUAGAGCAGACCAAGAUGGUGAAGAACUUCAACAACGAGGCCAUUAAAAUCCCAGGAAUGCUGAUUAUCGACACCCCAGGCCACGAGUCUUUCAGUAACCUGAGGAACCGGGGAAGCUCUCUGUGUGACAUAGCCAUCCUGGUGGUGGACAUCAUGCACGGCCUGGAGCCUCAGACCCUGGAGUCCAUCAACCUGCUCAAGGAGAAGAAGUGUCCCUUCAUUGUAGCACUUAACAAGAUUGACCGUCUGUACGACUGGAAGAAGAGUCCGGACACAGACGUGGUGGCCACACUGAAGAAGCAGAAGAAGAACACCAAGGAUGAGUUUGACGAGAGGGCCAAAGCUGUCAUCGUGGAGUUCGCCCAGCAGGGUCUGAACGCAGCCCUCUUCCAUGAGAACAAGGACCCUAGGACCUUUGUGUCUCUGGUGCCCACGUCGGCCCACUCCGGGGACGGCAUGGGCAACCUGAUCGCUCUGCUGGUGGAGCUCACCCAGACCAUGCUGGCACGACGCCUGGCACACUGCGAUGAGCUCAGGGCUCAGGUCAUGGAGGUGAAGGCCCUGCCUGGUAUGGGCACCACGAUAGACGUGAUCCUGAUCAACGGGGUUCUCCGGGAGGGCAUGACUGUCAUCGUCCCGGGGGUGGAGGGACCCAUCGUCACCCAGAUCAGGGGGCUGCUGCUGCCUCCACCCAUGAAGGAGCUCAGGGUCAAGAACCAGUAUGAGAAGCAUAAGGAGGUGUGUACGGCCCAGGGAGUGAAGAUCCUGGGGAAAGACCUGGAGAAGACCCUGGCAGGGCUCCCCCUGCUGGUGGCCCACAAGGAGGACGAGGUGGCCGUGCUCAGGGAUGAGCUGGUGCGGGAGCUGAAACAGACGCUGAACUCCAUCAAGCUGGAGGAGAAGGGUGUGUACGUCCAGGCCUCCACUCUCGGAUCCCUGGAAGCCUUGCUCGAGUUCCUACGAGUGUCCAAAGUGCCUUACGCUGGCAUCAACAUCGGUCCAGUCCACAAGAAAGACGUGAUGAAAGCUUCCACUAUGCUGGAGCAUGACCCACAGUAUGCAACGAUCCUGGCGUUUGAUGUGAAGGUGGAGAGGGACUCUCAGGAGAUGGCUGAUAGUCUGGGGGUCAGGGUGUUCAGCGCUGAGAUCAUCUACCACCUGUUUGAUGCCUUCACCAAGUACAGAGAGGACUACAAGAAGGCCAAGCAGGACGAGUUCAAACACAUUGCUGUGUUCCCCACUAAGCUGAAGAUCCUGCCUCAGUUCAUCUUCAACUCUAGAGACCCCAUAGUCAUGGGAGUCAACGUGGAGGCUGGGGUCCUCAGACAGGGAACCCCACUCUGUGUGCCCAGCAAGGGGUUUGUGGACAUUGGCAUCGUGACCAGCAUUGAGAUCAACCACAAGAUGGUGGACAGUGCCAAGAAGGGCCAGGAGAUCUGUAUAAAGAUCGAACCGAUCCCCGGAGAGGCACCCAAGAUGUUCGGCCGACACUUUGAGGCCACCGACAUCCUCGUCAGCAAGAUCACCAGAGCGUCCAUCGAUGCCCUGAAGAACUGGUUCAGAGACGAGAUGGGCAAAUCUGACUGGCAGCUCAUCAUGGAGCUCAAGAAGACUUUUGAAAUCAUCUGAACGGAAGAACGGAUACACACCUUCAUGUCUUCAGGCGGCCGCAGCACACUUACACACACACCACUGAUCAUGUGACACCUGAUCAAACACACACACACACACACACACACACACUUGUUCAUCACACCCACGUAUACAUACAUUCAUAAAUGGUGGGAGCAGUGCGGUGUCCCACUUUCCCCCUCUCCCCCAUCCCCUCCCCUCUGGUGGGUGGGGGAGUGUAUUUUUAGAGGGGAAAACAGUGUUUUUCUGUGAGAAACCAAACUAUUUCCUGCUGUUGUUAACAGUGACAGUUUAGACAGCAUCGACACACACACUAUUCCAACGUGCCUGUUGUUUGGAAUCAUCUUGAGUGUUGUUUUUCAUUUUGCCGCUCUCUCUCACUCUCCACAUCCGUCUGCUGCUGGAGUCCUGCCCCCUGUAAUCCCUCUGGUGUUCAGGCUGGGGUGAGACAGGAGAGGGGGCGAGUGGGAGUGAAGAAAGCUGGGUCAGGCAUCACCGGAACCACAGAUCUACAGAAUUCAGCAAACUGGGUUUGACAAGUUUCCGUGGGCGCCAUGUUGGCACCGGAAGUCGCAAGGAGAAUGACAUUCCACUGAGAAUGCAAAUGAGAAGCUUAUUGUUUUGACACGUUGGUUGCCAACACGGAGGCUAGUUUGCUGAACUCUUUAUAUCUAUCACGGAUCAAGGGGAGCUGUGCGCCAAAGGCCUGAGCCAAUUAGAAGAGGGGAGAGGGGAGGCAUUCUUACCAGAAGUUUUAGACGUCUGAAUAAUACGACCUUGUCAGUGUUUUCUCUUUUCUUGAAUGCAGUUAUUUUAUGGUCCUUUUAAAAAGCCCCUCCCUCUCUGACAUCACCACCACCCAUCACCAGCCCCCCCUGUCAGCGCAGUUCGACUGGUGCCUACGGAUGUUUUUUACCAUGAAUGAACUAGGUGACAAAAUAGGCGGUCCCUCUCCUCUAUACUUGAGUUCAAAAUGUAAAAGAUAAUAACAAAUCUACAUCAAUAAAGACCUAUUUAUAGAAGUCGCAAA